AUGCUCAGAAGUAAUCAAUUAACCUAUCGAGGAUCAUCUCCACCUUCAUCUGAUAGUUUAUCGUCAUAUCAUCAUUACCAACAUCCUAUUUAUCAGUACAAUUACUAUAAUUCGCCAGCAUCCAUCAACAGUCCGAUUUCAAGCCCUCACAUAUUAAAUCAUUUAUCCUACUAUCCCACAAUACCCAUGGAUUCCUAUUCCUCUUCACCGCAUAUCCAACAACUGUCAUCUCCCUCAUCCCCACCCGUGAGUGGUAUGUCAAAUACCAAUAUAUCUGCACCAAGUCCAAUUCGCUACGAUAUUUCACUGGAAGCUCCUACCGCGGCAUCACAGAAAAUUGAUGAACCACCACUUACCUACUUGAAUAAGGGACAAUAUUAUAACAUUACCUUGAAAGAUAAGGAAAGAUUUGAUGGUGAUAUUAUUAGUGUUGUGUCGAUUACAUUUCACGAUGAAAGUCAUCGUAUGGGAGCCACAGAUUAUUGGAAGUUCUGGUUAACACAGCAAAAAGAUUCAGAUAAAGCAAGAGCAGUAGAAAUUGAUUUAACAAGAUCGAGUGGGGCUCAAGCAAUCGAAUGCAGACAGUUUGACCGUAUCUCUUUUAAAUGGAACGGUAAAUUGGGCGCGUCUGUUCAUAUCCGGUUCAAUUGCUUAUCUACCGAUUUCUCGCGUAUCAAAGGUGUAAAAGGAAUUCCUCUUCGUCUCCAAAUUGAAAGUGAGCAGGGACAUAUAAACCUCAUCGAACAAACCGUAGCAGAACGAACUUACUGUCGUAUCAAACUAUUCAGAGAUAAGGGUGCCGAAAGAAAAAACAAGGAUGAUGCUAAACAUAUCGAACGUCAACUAGAGAAGAACAGAGGCAAAAAUGGUGAACCCCAUCCGUUAUGGCUUGCUUUCUCUCCUACUGCACCCGUUACUUUAUUCAGAGAGGUGAUUCCACCAGAGGAAGAAGAAAGUAACCACCAUCACUUGGAAGACGGACGAUACUCGCACGAUAUACUAUCUUCAGUCUUACCUCCUCCCACUUCUAUGAAAAGGAGCUACAGUAACUUUCAAGCAUCAAAUGACAUACAUAAUCUUUUCCAUUCACCUUCUGUCAUGCCUUCUGCUCUUACUAUCGCUCCUCCUAUUCCUGCUCCCAAUACCACAAACACUACCACAGCUACUCCUAUUGGCUUGGACCCCAAUUAUAUACCUCAAAUAAGACGCCGUAUUGCAAAGCUGAUGUUAUUAAUCAAGUAUGGUAACUGUGAUAUAUAUAGGGCUAUUUACUUGGAGCAUUUGACUGUAAAAGAAUUGACAGAGAAGCUUGUCCAACGACUAGAGAUCACAAGACCUGUUGCUAGUAUACUUCGAAAAAUUGUGUCCAAAGAUAAAAAAAGAUCAAACAUGAUUGUAGAAGUGAAUGAUGAGGUUAUACAAGACAUGACAGAAGAACAAGAUAUCUUUAUUGAAACACAAGAAACUGGCGAUUCAAAAACUUCUAUUAAUCUUAUUUUGAACUUUUAG